AUGACUGGCAUCAAUGCGCGCUUGAGAGCCACAAAUGAGAGCGAGAACGGCCAUGUCUUUGUGGUUGAAUGGGAAGGCCCUCAUGAUCCACUUAAGCCACACAAUUGGUCCACGGGCAAGCGACUGUGGGCCACGAUUGUCGUGUCUCUGGUGGCUGUCGCGGGUACAGCAGCAUCGUCCAUCGAUGCUGCAGUUUUGCCUCAGUAUGCAGACUACUUCCACGUCAGCGAAGUCGCAGGCUCAUUGGCCACUGCUAUGUACCUGAUUGGUUUCGCAGUUGGUUCGCAGUUCGCAGGUCCUUUCUCGGAAACCUUUGGACGAAACAUUAUCUACAUCGUGACAAUGUUCAUUUAUAUGCUGUUCUUGCUUGGAUGUGCACUCGCUCCGAAUUUCGGUGGACACAUUGUCCUCCGAUUCUUCGCUGGACUAUUUGGAUCAACACCCUUGACAGUAGCUGGUGGCACUAUUGCUGAUCUCUGGAACCCUCUUGAGAAGACCUUUGGCUUCCCGGUCUACGCUUUCAUUGGAUUUUCGGGACCUCUAUUUGGACCCGUUAUUGGUUCUUACAUUGGUCCCAGCGGCAUGAGCUGGCGCUGGUGUGAGUGGCUCAUGCUCAUUUUGGGUGGUAUCAUCACUACUGUAAUUGUUGUCGGCCAGCCAGAGACGUACGGACCGCUGCUUCUUUCUUGGAAAGCCCACCAUCUUCGUGUGGAAACAGGCGAUGACCGCUACAGAUCACCUUUGGAGGUGCGUCGCACUUCUCUCUGGACUCGCCUGAAGAUUGCGCUCUGGAGACCCUUCGCUAUGAUCUGGACAGAGCCCAUCAUCUUGCUCAUGUCGCUCUAUCUGACAGUUCUCUACAUUGUGCUGUUCACCUUUUUCAUCGGCUUCGAGUUCGUUUUCACUGAAACUUAUGGCAUUUCUCAGGGCAUCACAAACAUCAUCUGGGUGGCUGUCUUUGUUGGUUUCUUCCCUCUGUUCGGCACUCUGCCUCUCAUCUACUCCUGGACAGUCAAGGACAUAAAGAAGCAAGAGGCAGCUGGUGUCGAGCACCCAGCACCCACACCCGAGUCUCGUCUCUACUUCGCCAUGCUCGGUGGCGCACUUGCAGUGCCAAUCUCUUUGUUCUGGAUGGGCUGGACCGACUAUGCUUCUAUCUCGAUUUGGUCUCCUAUCAUUGCUUCGGCUCUCUUUGGAUACGGUGUCAUCACCAUCUUCAUCUCGGCUUACAUGUACAUCAUCGACUCUUACGCCAUCUAUGCUGCUAGCGCAUUGUCGUUCGUCACUUUCACUCGCUACCUCGCAGCUGGUGGCAUGACUGUGGUUGGUGUCCCAUGGUAUCGCAAUCUGGGAGUUCACUACACACUCACCAUCCUCGCAUGUAUCAGUGCACUCAUGGUGCCGGUUCCAUAUGUCUUCUACAUCUAUGGCGCAAAGAUCAGAACCAAGAGUGCUUAUGCUGUUCACAAAGCCUGA